AUGGAGGCGUGUCUCGCCACUGGCUCUGAGAAGCGCUGGAUCGACCCAGCUUCAGCUUACAAGCAGCUCCGCCAGUCGCCGCUCUUCUCGCAUCACCUCGUCUCCCUCUUCCCUCGCAUACGCACGCUGUACGCCAAUCUCCGAGCCGCGGGGUGUCACGAGGAGCUCCUCAGUGACUUGCUGCUGCGUGCGCCGAAUCACCGAGUGCUCCGCGAGAUUCUUAACGAGGAGGCGGACAGCGAACACCCGCAGACGGAGAAGGAACGGCUCCGCCUAUCCCUCGUGGCGCAGGCGUAUCGUGUUAUCGCGCCAAGUAUCAAGCGCAAGGUGCUUGCUCGGCUAAGCCGACCGGCGCUUGUCGGAGUUUCCAGAGCUCUACGAGAAGAGGACGCAAACGACCUCCUGACUUCAGUGUUCUAUGAGCUCUCAGCGACUGCUAAGUGGGAUAGGCGCGACUGGCCGUUGCUCGAGAUUGCGCUGCACCUGGCGCGGACCGACCCGCAAGCCGCAGUGAAGCUGCUGCAUUACCCGCUCGCCCUCGGGAAGUUGCCAGGGCACAUCGAUGGUAGCAUUGCGGAGCACCCGCGUGCAGCCUCUCUUGUGGUGCAGAUCACAGUUGCUCGUGCUGCGCUCCAAUGGAAGAAGCAUGUCCGCGCCACCCGAGCAAUCGACGAUCUCCUCGACACGCUGCGCUCGAGCAAGAUCGACCCUGCGGCAGUCGAGCUCAUCCUCGAAGCGAUCCGUACGGCAGAUGUGGCACCAGGUGACGACAACCUCAGCGCCUGGGCGCACGAGAAGCUUCUUCUGAUGGCGAACGACAGCCGAUUCCCUCCUCUUCCCACCAGCGCAAUCAAUCUGCAUAUGGAAGGUCUAAGCCUCAGCAACGCUCUCGACUUCUAUCUGGCGCUGCCGAAUCCGGUCCCAGGCCCCGGUCAAGAGUCUGUGCGGAGGUACAACCCGCCAAGUGCGAGGCAAAUCACCCGCUUGGCGCUCGCGAAUCCGCCACCAACUGCUCUGCGACGACUCGCGUACGAUGCGCGGAGCCAGCCAAUGCCGCCAGAGUUCCUCCGCACGCUCGCGGAUGCCGGGCUUCUCGCUGUCGCCGAGGCGAUCUACUACAGGUCAUCAGCCAUUGAUGAGCGUACAGCGCUGGCCCUCAUUCGCGCCUUCACGAGAGGUCACAGGAGCGCGCAGCGCACGGCCUUCGCGAAGAGGGUAGCAAGGGAGUAUCUCGCUACUGGGCCAGGCGACGAGACGAAACGCGCCCUGUUCCGAGUGCGCAGCGACGCACUCAUUGGCCGUCCACAGGAGAAGGUGGUGCCACUGAACCCUGUCGUGCUUGAGCCGCCUUCCCCCGUGGACUCGGGUCCUCUGGCGAACAUCCAGCUCCAGACCGACAUUCUGCGGUCGCCCGCUAACGCAUCUGAAUCCGGCGCCGGCGCCGCCGCUGCCGAGAGUGCCGCUGAGCAGAGGAUGGCGGCUGAGACCGGAAUGCAACCCGGGGACGGAGCGGAGAGCGUCGCCGCGCUCACUUCCCUGAUCGGCGAAGAGGCUGCCUUUAAGCAUCUGGUCCAGAUGGCAGAGGACGAGCCCUUCCUCGCGCGUCGGCUGACUGUCAUGGCGCGGCCAUGGUUCGUCCUCCCUCCCUCCGGUGCCGCCUUUGCCGCCGCCUGCGCCAACGCAAAGUGGAAGGCACUCAAUGAUGUGCAGCUACCCUCCGUCCUUGAACGGGACGGGACGCUGUUCAUCCUUGACAGGAGCGCUGCUCCUCCCUCCACUCAGCCUGCCGACGGCAACGACAAGGCGGAGGGCGAGGUCGAGGCAAAGUAUGCCCCGACGGAGGCCGAGGCGCCCUUCGUCGUCUCACUCGUGCGCGCGCGUGCCGGCCGACUGGCUUCCGCGGUCAAGUGGUUCGAGCACGCGUGUGUCUCCCCCUCCUCGCCUGCGUCGCCUUCCUCCCCUCAAUCCAGUCUCUCAGUCCCGUCUCAUCCCAUGCUCCUCCCCACCGCCUCUGCCCUCCUCCAGAAGUGCGCGAUCAGACUGAGGUGGGAUCUCGGAUUCCGCGUCCUGCGCCAGAUCGCUACAAACGACGCUGCUCUGCACAUCAUCCUGAGGUGGUUCAGUGACAUGGGCCGCCUGGGCGGGCGGGUCGACAAAGCACCCCAGGCCUGGGAACGGGAGAAGAAGAACAUGCGCAAGAGAUUGUGGCGGCUGCAUGGGCGGGAGAUUGUCCGGCACGAAAUUGAGGGCAUGGAGGCCAAGUGGGAGCGCAGGGGGGUCAUGCCCCGCCCACCGCCUGUCGCUCUGCCGAAGGGGAAGAAGGAAGAAGUGAAGGAGAAAGAGGCAAUCAAGGCAUAG